AGCAUCAAAAGAAAAUAAACUGGAAUUUAAACUUUUACUUAAACGGACAAACUCAAAGAAAUCACUUCUUCAGGAAAGUUUUUAGAUGCUAUUAGCAGUCAGCUAGGUGGGAGCAGAGUGGACGUGUUGUUUUUUGGAUUUUUUUUCUGGGUUUUCUCCCUUUCUUGGAUGCUGGGAUCACCUUUUAAUUGCAACAAUGAUGAUAAUAAGCAGAAAACCCGAAGGCCCGAUAGCAACAGCACGCCACGGUGACGGCCUCUACGACUCCUACAUGAGAACAGACCACAUCCUGAAGGAAGAAGCCGACACAAACAGCCCCUCUGCUCUGCCCACCAUGUCCAAACACACAGUCGUCAGUAACAAGGUAGUGAUGAGGGAUCAGGUGCAAGGCAGCCAGCUGAAGGUCAAGUACCUGUAUGAAGACAUGACCAACAACCGAAAGAUAAACGCCAUAACCACAGCGGUUAUCCAGAACAGCGGGAGCGCUGGCCAAACGCCCACUAAGACGACGGCGUCCGGUCUGUCCAAGGAGCACAGGGUGGACAGCAAGGGCUCCAGCGAAUCGUCGGGCUCACAGGGAGCCGGAAAUGGCGGCAAAAUGUGCAGCACGCUCAGCCCUGAGCAGGCUCUGAGGUUCUACCGGUCCCAGCUCACCGCCCUGGAGCAGACGGAGAUCCACUCCUACCCGGACGUCUACUUCGUGGGACCCAACGCCAGGAAAAGGCCCGUGGUCGCCGGGGGACUAAACAACUGCGGCUACGACGACGAGCAGGGCGGUUACAUCCACGUCCCCCACGACCACCUGGCCUACCGCUACGAGUUCCUGAAGAUAAUCGGUAAGGGAAGCUUCGGACAGGUGGCUAAAGUCUACGACCACAAGCUGCAGCAGCACCUGGCUCUGAAAAUGGUGCGCAACGAGAAGCGCUUCCACCGGCAGGCGCAGGAGGAGAUCCGCAUCCUGGAGCACCUGCGCAAGCAGGACCGCAACGGCGCCAUGAACGUGGUGCACAUGCUGGAGAACUUCACCUUCCGCAACCACAUCUGCAUGACCUUCGAGCUGCUGAGCAUGAACCUGUACGAGCUCAUCAAGCGCAACAAGUUCCAGGGCUUCAGCCUGGCUCUGGUCCGCAAGUUUGCCCACUCCAUCCUGCAGUGCCUGGAGGCCCUGAACCGGCACCGGAUCAUCCACUGCGACCUGAAGCCUGAAAACAUCCUGCUCAAGCAGCAGGGCCGCAGCGGCAUCAAGGUGAUCGACUUUGGCUCCAGCUGCUUCGAGCACCAGCGGGUUUACACCUACAUCCAGUCCCGCUUCUACCGAGCGCCGGAGGUGAUCCUCGGCUCGCGCUACGGCCUCCCCAUCGACAUGUGGAGCUUCGGCUGCAUCCUGGCCGAGCUGCUGACGGGCUACCCGCUGUUCCCCGGCGAGGACGAGGGCGACCAGCUGGCCUGCGUCAUGGAGCUGCUGGGGAUGCCCCCCCAGAAGAUCCUGGAGCAGGCCAAGAGGGUAAAGAACUUCAUCAAUUCCAAGGGUCAGCCGCGCUACUGCGGGGUCAACACGCUGCCGACCGGCGCCACCGUGCUCACGGGGUCGCGCUCACGCCGCGGGAAAAUGAGAGGCCCUCCAGGCAGCAAGGAUUGGAGUGCGGCGCUCAAAGGCUGCGAGGACCCCGCCUUUACUGACUUCAUAAAGAAGUGUUUGGACUGGGACCCGUCGUCCCGCCUCACGCCCAGCCAGGCCCUCAGACACCCCUGGUUGUACCGCCGCCUACCCAAACCCCUCCCCGGGAGCGAGAAGAGCCCGGUGGUGCCUGGGAAACGUCUCCCUGAGCACCACAGCACCUCCUUUCCCUCCAUCCUGACCAAGGGGGGGCCUGGCCUCGGCAUGACGGCCCCCGGCAACAAACUGAAGAACAACAUGAUCGCAGAUUCAGGGGACACCCUCCCCCUUCGCACAGUCCUGCCGAAACUUGUUUCAUAAUAACACAGGAAAGAGGAUCCCCCCUCCCCCCCCACAAACCCCCACUCCUCAGGAGGAGUCGGACGUUGGGAAAGUUCUUUUUAAAACUGGUUUGGUUCUUUCAUUUGUUUUUGUUUUUUUUCUGCUGAGGUGUCGACACCCCAGGUUCUGCUUUUUAGCAUAAAACAAAGAAGAGAUGAAGAAAAAAAAAGAAGGUUUUUAUACAGAGAGGAAGGCUUGACUUUUAGGUGAUGCUUCCUUUUGAGUGGACGGCUUUUUAUUUGUUAAAGAAAAAAGAUAUGUUUUUAACCUCUGCUUGAUCUCACACGAGCAACAGAAACACUCAAGCGCACCUGCACCAUCACUUCACACAGGAGUUCACACCGCCAUUUUUAGUUUAUUCUUACAAAACUUGAAG